ACAGCUUGAUUUUUCUUUGUCUACGGUACAACAGCUGAUCUGGAUGGCGUUUGUUUUGCGUUUUAAAGGGAAAUAACCGUCUGACAUGAGGAAGUCGUAUGAAGCAAGAGGACUUGAAACAUCGUCAGGCAAUUAGAAGAUCGCUGCUGUCACUGACCGUGUUGAGAAGUAUCGCAGCAGAUUAACAUGGCUGCGAAUCGAGGAGUAAUUAGCCUGAGGUUUAAUCAAGACCAAGGAUGUUUUACCUGCUGCAUGGAGACUGGGAUGAGGGUCUAUAAUGUAGAACCACUUGUGGAAAAAGCUCAUUUUGACAAUGAGCUGAUGGGGAGUAUUGGAAUGGGUGAAAUGCUAUGGAGAACAAAUAUUGUGGCGGUUGUUGGUGGUGGAACCAGGCCCAAGUUUGCUGACAAUACAGUUCUCAUCUAUGAUGAUUUGGCAAAAAAAUUUGUCCUUGAGAUAACUUUCACCAGUACGGUUAAGGCAGUUAGAUUAAGAAGGGACAAGCUGAUUGUUGCACUGCAACGAGAAAUUCAUGUAUUCUCAUUCCCUGCGCCAACCAGAAGACUGCUGACUUUAGAAACCAGGGAAAAUCCCAAGGGUUUGGUGGAGAUUGCAACGCUUGCCACAGCGCAAAAACAGCUGCUUGUAUUUCCUGGGCACAAAUUGGGCCAUGUUCAUCUAGUCGAUUUAGCUGCUACUGAUGCAGGAAGUUCUAGCACACCGGCAACUCUCUAUGCUCACCUGGGUGCGCUAGCCUGCUUGGCAGUAAAUGCUAGUGGUACAAUGAUCGCAACAGCUUCAGAGCAAGGUACCCUGGUCAGAGUUUGGGACAGUGUUCGCAGACAUCUCAUGGUCGAAUUAAGGAGAGGUGCGGAUCCUGCUACUCUGUAUUGUAUAAACUUCAGCAGGGAUUCUGAAUUCUUGUGCGUAUCAAGCGACAAGGGGACUGUGCACAUAUUUGCAUUGAAGGACACACACCUCAACCGCAGAUCAACAUUUUCAAGCAUCAGUUUCUUAGGCAAUUAUGUAGAAAGUCAAUGGGCGCUAGCUACGUUUACAGUCCCACCUGAGUGUGCUUGCGUCUGUGCAUUUCGCUCUCGAAACUCCGUAAUUGCUGUGUGCUUGGAUGGUACCUUCCACAAAUACGUUUUCACAGCUGAUGGUAACUGCAAUCGAGAAGCGUUUGAUGUUUUUCUGGAUGUCUGUGAUGACGAUUUUUAAUUAUAAACUCAUCUAUUUACAUAACAUAUUGCAUAAUGCAGGGGCUCAGGAUGUGCACUCGGUGGCUCGGUGCAGCCACAAGAUCAAUCAAUAAACAAUGCAUUCUGCUUGAUGCUAGUAGAACAACUGGCGCAUCAUUUCCAAAUGAGUUUCACACGACUGCAACA